UUCACACCCGUGUUGUAGUGCGCAGAUGAAAUCGCUCCUUCCUUUUCCUCACGCUACCCCUAGGCUCGGCCGUGUGUCUGUACUGAAUCACUGAUUCUCACCUUACUGCACUGAGUAAACACCGUGUAUUUACAACAUGACGAAGGAAGAGGCUAAAUGCUCGGCUGAGGAGGAGCAGCAGGCGUCCCAGUCGAAGAAAGCGCUGAAGAAACAGCAGAAGGAAGCAGAGAAAGCAGCCAAGAAGGCUGAGAAACAGGCCAAGCUGGCAGCUGAUCAGCAGACUACUGAGGAAGAUGACUUUGCACAGGAUCGUUACGGUGUGUGUGUGAUGAUGCAGUCACAAGAGAAAUUGGACAGGUCUCUGGUGCGAGUGUGUGAGCUGACUCCUGAUAGAGCAGGUCAGACAGUCUGGGUGCGUGCCAGGAUUCACACCAGCAGAGCUAAAGGGAAGCAGUGUUUCUUGGUCCUGCGUCAGCAGCAGUUUAACGUCCAGGCUCUGGUGGCCGUGGGAGAACGCGCCAGCAAGCAGAUGGUGAAAUUCGCCGCUAAUAUUACUAAGGAGAGUAUAGUGGAUGUGGAGGCUGUGGUGCAGAAGGUGGAGCAGAAGAUUGAGAGUUGUUCUCAGCAGGAUGUAGAGCUGCACAUCCAGAGGCUGUUUGUGGUGAGUCAGGCUGAGCCUCGGUUGCCUCUGCAGUUGGAUGAUGCUGUGAGGCCUGAAGCAGAGGGUGAGGAGGAGGGCAGAGCCACCGUAAACCAGGACACCAGACUGGAUAACCGUGUUAUAGACCUGAGGACGACAACGAGUCAGGCGAUUUUCCGUCUGCAGUCAGGAGUGUGUCAGCUUUUCAGAGACACACUCACCAAGAAGGGCUUCGUAGAGAUCCAGACACCUAAAAUCAUCUCGGCUGCUAGUGAAGGAGGUGCGAAUGUCUUCACCGUGUCCUACUUUAAGACGAGUGCGUACCUGGCUCAGUCUCCUCAGCUCUACAAGCAGAUGUGUAUCUGUGCUGACUUCGACAAGGUCUUCUGUGUUGGACCAGUGUUCAGAGCUGAGGACUCUAACACUCAUCGUCACCUGACGGAGUUUGUUGGUCUGGAUAUUGAGAUGGCGUUUAAUUAUCACUACCAUGAGGUCAUCGACUCCAUCACCGACACCAUGGUGCAGAUCUUCAAAGGACUUAGGGACAACUUCCAGACGGAGAUCCAGACGGUGUGUAAGCAGUACCCCAGUGAGCCGUUUAAGUUCCUGGAGCCGACAUUGAGGCUGGAGUUUAAGGAGGCCGUCGCUCUGCUGCGCUCAGCUGGAGUGGAGAUGGGGGAUGAGGAGGAUCUCAGCACACCGAAUGAGAAGCUGCUUGGCCGCCUCGUCAAAGAAAAGUAUGAUACAGAUUUCUACGUCCUGGAUAAAUAUCCUCUGGCGGUGAGGCCAUUCUACACCAUGCCUGAUCCACACAACCCGAAAUACUCAAACUCCUAUGACAUGUUCAUGAGGGGAGAGGAGAUAUUGUCCGGAGCUCAGAGAGUACACGACGCUCAGAUGCUAACCGAGAGAGCACUUCAUCACAGCAUCGACUUGGAGAAGAUUAAAGCCUACAUCGACUCGUUCCGUUACGGAGCUCCGCCCCACGCUGGAGGAGGAAUUGGUCUGGAGCGAGUAACCAUGCUGUACCUCGGCCUACACAACGUGCGUCAGACCUCCAUGUUCCCCCGCGACCCCAAGCGCCUGACACCCUAGAGGUCAAAGGUGUUAAUCCCUGGCUGACCUCACACACACACACACACACACACACACACACACACACACACACGGGUUGGGGACAGGAAGUGGCGGGGCAGCCGUGUCUUUUCAUGAUUAAACAAUAAUCAUAAUUACGAGUGUACUUUGAUCUGUGUAAAGUAAAUCUGUACUCUAAUGUUGGUGAAUCGGUGGGUAAGGACACGUCUCAAACCACACACUACUGUACUGAACAGUGUGUGAAAGUAUUACAGUAGUGUUAAUUAGGGCUAAUAAUGAAGAAAUUAAUUAAAAAACAAGCAAAGGCUGAAAAUGAAUGCAAGGAACAAAGGGAAAGAACUUUUUUUUAAUUUAUUUGAAAUCCAUCAGAUUUGUUUGUGUUUGAGAAGAAAUGUCACACAACAAGGUGUGUGUGUGUGUGUUCGUUCGGAGCUGCUGCUGGUGAUCUGCAGCAGGAAGAGGAAGAUCUGGAUGAUGUCAGUGUAGAGAGACAGAGCUCCGUAUACGUGCUCAUCUGGACUCAUCCUAGGAACUCGGUUUCCCAACAGCAACUGAGUGUCAUACGGCAGAAACUAAACACACACACACUAAUUGGGGUUUGGGAAGUGGUUGGGCAGCCGUGUCUUUUCAUGAUUAAACAUCUAAUACUGAAAUGUAUGAUGUCAGUUCUGACUGGUGAAGGGAUGCAGUGAACUUUAAACCAGUGUACUUUAAUCUGUGUAAAAGAAAUCUGUGCUCUAAUGUUGGUGAAUCGGUGGGUGAAUCAAACCACACACUACUGUACUGAAUAGUGUGUGAAAGUAUUACAGCAGUGUUAAUUAGGGUUCAGGUCAAGUAAUACAUUUGGAUUUAAUGUGUACUAAAUUAGUGUGUAAUUUGGGACACAGCCCAGGACUUAAAACUGUUGUAUGUAACAGAAUGGCACGCUAUACUCAGUACUAGUGUACUAAAUGUCAUGAUCUUGAUAUUAUAUUCGAUAUAAAAAAACACACACACACACUCUCUCUCUCUUUCUCUCUCUCUCUGUAGUGCACUAGGCUGUGGAUUGAGACGUGACCCAGGUCUUUAUUCUGACUAAUAUAAAGUUCAGAUCAGUUGUUUUUAUUUUUUUUCCUACUGAAGUCAUUUCUAGCCAGCACACACAGCUAGUACACUAACUAGGGCACAGUGAGUGUUCUGAUCUGCUCACUUCACUGUGCUGCCCUAGUGAUGAGGAGGAGUUUUAAACACAUCAUUACUGCAGUUUAAUAAAUAAAUAAAAACAUGAAUUAAUAAAAACAUUAA